CACUAGUGCCCUCAUCCGGGUAUACACACCCGUCUCUUGUAUUUCCCUUGGGAUACUUCACAACACGCCUCAACAGGUCGGUGGGAGAGAUGCCGAUGACGGUGGCAGAGUUCAUAAGGAAGCAGCGGUCUGGGGAGUUACCUCCACCCACCAAGCCGUCCAAGACCGCCGCGGCUGAUGAAGCAGCAGCGAAGCAGAAGGCGCUGGAAGAGAGGCAACAGCAGGAAAAGGAGGCGCAGGAGAAACGGGAUAAGGAAGAGAAGGAGAGACAGGAUCGCCUCGAGAAGGAAAAGAAGGAAAAGGAAGAACAGGCCAGAAAGGAAAAAGAAGAAAAAGAACGCAAAGAGAAGGAACAGAAAGAAAAGGAAGAGAAGGAACGGAAGAAAAAGGAAGAGGAAGAACGGAAGAAAAAGGAGGAGGAAGAACGGAAGAAAAAGGAGGAGGAAGAACGGAAGAGAAAGGAGGAGGAAGAACGGAAGAAAAAAGAAGAGGAAGAAAGGAAAAGAAAGGAGGAAGAACGGAAGAAAAAGGAGGAGGAAGAACGGAAGAAAAAAGAAGAGGAAGAAAGGAAAGAAGAACGGAAGAAAAAGGAAGAGGAAGAACGGAAGAAAAAAGAAGAGGAAGAAAGGAAAAGAAAGGAGGAAGAACGAAAGAAAAAAGAGGAAGAGGAACGGAAGAAAAAGGAGGAAGAGGAAAGGAAGAAAAAGGAGAGGGAACAACAAGAAAAAGAACGGAAAGAAAAGGAAGAAAGAGAACGAAAAGAAAAGGAAGAAAGAGAACGAAAAGAAAAGGAAGAAAGAGAACGAAAAGAAAAGGAAGAAAGAGAACGAAAAGAAAAGGAAGAAAGAGAACGGAAAGAAAAGGAAGAAAGAGAGCGGAAAGAAAGAGAGCGGAAAGAAAAAGAAGAAAGAGAGCGGAAAGAAAAGGAAGAAAGAGAGCGAAAAGAAAAGGAAGAAAGAGAGCGGAAAGAAAAGGAAGAAAGAGAGCGAAAAGAAAAGGAAGAAAGAGAGCGUAAAGAAAGAGAGCAGAGAGAAAAAGAAGAAAAAGAACGAAAAGAAAAAGAGCGGAAAGAAAAGGAAGAAAGAGAGCGGAGAGAAAAGGAAGAAAGAGAGCGGAGAGAAAAGGAAGAAAGAGAGCGGAGAGAAAAGGAAGAAAGAGAGCGGAAAGAGAGAGAGCAGAGAGAAAAGGCUAGUGUCAAAAAAGAAAAGGUACCAAGCGUGCAGAAUGAAGUGGCAGGCCUGCCUAUGGCGCCGAGUGCCCCGGCACCACGGAAAGAACAGGUGCCGAAUGUACCUAUUCAGCCAGCAGUCCUGCCAAUGGUGAUGAGGGAAAAGGCCCCGAAGGUGAUGAAGGAAAAGGAACCGAGCGUACAGCCUGCCCAAGUACCGAGCGCACCACCCGCCCAGGUACCGAGCGUACAGCCUGCCAAGGUACCGAGCGUACCACCCGCCCAGGUACCGAGCGUACCACCCGCCCAGGUUCCGAGCGUACAGAGUGAGGUGGCAGUCCCCCCAAUUCCGUUAGAAGAAAAGGCACCAAAGGCAAAGAAGGAAAAGAAACCAAAGGCAAAGAAAGAAAAGGAACCGGUUGCAAACAAAGAAAAUGAUAAACAGAAGGAAAAGGAAGCAAAGGAGCAGGAAGAGAGAGAAAAGAAAGAACAAGAAGAACAAGCGAAGAGAGAACAAGAAGAGCAAGCAGAGAGAGAAAAGGAAGAACAGCUGCGCAGAGAGAAGGCAAAAGCCCGCAAAGAGAGACAGAUUGAGGCCAGGAAGAAACGAGAGGAUCAGACGCAACAGCAAAAGGCGGCGAAGGAGGAAGAAGAACGCAAGGCGCGCGAGGAGAAGGAUCGCAAGAAGCAGGAGCGCCUCCAGCAGCAGCAGAAGGCAGACCAGGAGUGGAGAGAGAAGGAGGCAGCGCUGGCGAAGGAGCGGGAGGAAGCCCAUGAGAAGCUGCAGCAGAAACGCCAGCAGGUGAAGGAGAAGAAGAAGGAGUUCAAGGGCGCUCGUCAGAACGACCCCAAGUUCGACAACUUCAUGGGGUGGAUCACCAACGGCCAGAAACACGACAUGGGCAAGUCCCACGACUUCCUCGCUAGUGACAGUGACGACGACGACUGA